AUGACACCGCAGCCGAAGCUUAAACUCGGCGACUCCAAAACAUUGAGCGCUUGGGUACAUGAUACGAUGGAGUCGAAUGUCUUGUUGAAUCAUGCGUGGUGGCCUGGUGUAUCGGAAGGAGAUCUUAUACAAAUCACGCCAAACAAUCCCGAGAGCAAGGACACUUUCCUCUUCGUUGUUUCCAACGAAGACAGCUCGGCCAUACCACAAAGGCAGAUAUCCCUUCCGAAGCCUGUUGCUGAGACUCUCGGUCUGCGAAACAUGAGUGAGGUCACGGUGACCAAAGUUGACAAGAAGGAGUAUCAAGCUGAUUAUGUAGAGUUUACCUUUCAAGAUCUAUAUCUUGGCCGGAACGAUAUGUGGAGGCUUGGAGAGCAAUUAGUCGGGCAGUGUGUCCAUCUCGAUCAGGAGAUACCCUUCGUUGGCUCUGUUGCUGCGAAAGUCAGCGCUGUCUAUGUGAAAGGAGAGAGCGUAUUGAGCGCAUAUGUCACUUCAAAGACCAAAGCCAUCUAUCGUUCACUUUCUGCCAAAGUCACCAUAUUCAUCCAGGUCUGUCGUGAACUGUGGGAGUUUGCGGGCGAUGGAGAACGUUAUAACGAGAAGAUUGUCCACUCUUUUCUCCCUGAACUCUUCUCCCGAUGGAGAGAGGCAGGGGCGAAUCACACAGUGACCGUCGUACUGAUAUCUCGUGUCUUUUACGAUCCCUCUGAGAUCAGCUACGCUGAAGGACCCCUGCGGCAGGAUCAAGAUCGUCAAUGGUAUAAGGACUUCUACAAGGUCAUCAUCGACUUGGAAGUUAUCCAUGACUGGCAGUCUACGCUCGUCAGCUUGAAGGAUUCUUUCUGGGAUUUUCAGCGCGAUAUCCUCUUGACGCAUCAUUAUCAUAAUGCGACCCGUGCAGCAGCGUCUUCGAUGCAGGAACCUCCUCUAGAGGCUCGCCUAGUCGGGAGGUUGUCGUAUGCACACGAUGGUCCUCUCCUAGAGGCGCUCAAUAUGGGGCUCAACCCGACCGAAACACACUACAUCGACCGUUCACUAUCCCUUACUGGCUCUUCCACUAUUGUCAUCACUCCAGGAACAGGCUACUAUCGUGUCUCAAAGUAUCUCUUACGUCUCACCACGACGCGCUUGCUUGACCAAGGAUUUGCACUCGACCUUGUUUCUCUCGCAAAGCCGCCUCUCCACCGCAGUCCGAUCUUCUCUUUCCAGGGCGUUGAACCAGAGCUGUAUAAGCAAAAGAAGACGAAACGUUAUGGUUCACGUGCAAUGGAUUCUCUGUGGGGUGGUGACGACGGACCUGACGACUGCUUCGAUAAGGAGAAGCGAACAUUCUGGUGGGAGCCAUUUUGGAUUGCAGUCAGUUUUUGGGACAAGCAGAUGGAUCUGCCUUUGCGGCAAGAUAGGCAAGCUAUCUCCUUUAUUUUCUUUGACACCGCUGCUGACAUUGUUGCCAGAUUUGUUGCCCGAGCCAAAAUGCAUGAGAUUCAAAUGCUCGGUCUAUUGGAUCACGACGUCCUGUCGAGUAUCGAGGUUCCAUUGUUACCGGAUCACUUCGACACUGUACUCGGGUCCACGCAGGAGGAUGACUUAGAUGCGUAUUCGUCUGCCGCAGAUAAGUUCGACAUGGAUAUAUUCGCUCUCAAGAAGGAACAGAGGGAACCAAGGCUGUCCAUCAUCAGUCGCACCUCGGGCACAUCCUCCGGCAGUGGGACCGUAAUUGCCUCAUCGUUAAGAUCCUCGAACGAAAAGCGGCCAGCGGCGGCCCACAGAAGCUUGAACGCUUCUUCGAAUAUUCCACCCAUUGAGGAAAGCCCCCGACAUGUUCACCAUGACUUGCCUAUCGGACAAAUAACGCAGGAACGGCUUCAAAUCUUGCCCGCCAGUGGGAUGAGCACCUCUCCAUCACAGUCAUCUAUACUAUCGACACGUUCCACGUCCUCGACGUCUACAGUCGCGACCUCUGACUAUCGGUCCAGAGGAGCAACAUCUUCCCGGCCUUCUUUGACUUCGAAGUUGACUUCUUCGUGGCUCUUUAAUCCAUUCCGCAGUGGACCCAGUCAACCAGAGACAUCGCCGAUACUUGCAUCUGGUGAAUCGACACCUGUUGCUUCAUCUUCUCGUCCGAUUCGUGUACCCGCUUCUUCACCAUUGUCCGUCUCAGACAGAUCCCUUUCUCGUUCACCCCAGCCCAUGGCUAUCAAGAAGCCUACGACAUCGCAUCGCUUGAAGACAUACGACGAGGAUACUGUGAGAACACAUAGAGGAUCACCACAUGUUGGGUCGCCCCAUCAAGGGUCCCUCACACGGUAUCUACAGUCACCGAUCAACACUCCCCCCCGAGAUGAAUCCUUUAUUGAGAAGCGCCGCAGCAUAGCCGCGAGUUCUAUCUCGUAUCCAUACAGUUCUUCAUCUUCUCCAGCUGUGCGCCAAAAUCCUUCGAGUCCACAUGUAUCUGUGUCACAUAGUCAGGCUUCGCUCGCCCGGCGAUGGCAGCACAUGUUCCCCAUCCCGUUGUACAAACACGAAAUCAAAUGGAAGUCGAUGGUCACUCCCGGAUGUCUUCCGCUCACGACUGAACAAUUUCCGUCCAUGUCCGAGCUCGAUUCAUCAUACGACGUCUUUUCGUACGAUUUCGUCGUUGAUCCGCCAGCACGUUCCUUCCUUGUUAGGCCACCUCAUAUUCAGACCAACAAUCCCGAGGAGAUCCGUUGGGCAUGGGCCCUGGUCGUCAUGCGCGGUAUGAUAGCCCUUCGGUUGGCUCAAGGGUUCCAGUUCGUGAUACGAUCGCUGCAUGCCCCAGAACCUCAACCUCGUCCACUCCGCAGGUCCAAGUCAUAUAUAUCAGACGAUGAUAUGACGCCCAAGCCUGCCGGAGCGGCAGAAGCGCUGAGGUCACAAAAUGAUCCCGUGUAUCUCAGCAUGAGCAAUGAAAUCCAUCGAAUCUCCUAUACGGGAGAGGCUAUACAGGUCAGGCGCUAUGUGCGUCGGAUGCCCCCUUCUCAACCGUUUGAGUACCAGUGCCUGAUAUGGCCGAAGUUGGGUGUUGGCUAUACGAAGCUCGAUACCACAUUUACUUCACAUGGGUUGGAGAAUUAUGGGUGGAAUAGGCUGGAUAUGCUUGUCGCUGGAUACGAGCAUCAGUUCAACGAAUCUUUGCGGUACUGGCGCACGCGGUUCCUCGUUGUCCCCACACUAGAGGAGCCAACCAUCUCCACGGGUCCAACAGGCGAAAAGUUGAACGAAGAGGAGGUGCGCAUCCUGGGCAUGGAGAAACUUGCGGAGAUGUUCUCUCGCAUACGGUGGCAACCGCCAGAUGAACGUGGAACGCCCUUGCCACCUAUUCGAAUUUUACCGACGGAUCUUGGCCCCGCCGCAAGUGUGCUAGAUGAACAUCUUAUGAACCAGCUUGAUGAGAUCCACUCGUCGGGCCCGUUGAAAAAGAAGAUGAAGAGUGAGCGGGAUAUCGAGGAUAUGUCACUAUCGGCCAUUGCUAAAGCCAUGCGGGAGGAGGAUGGGCUGCAAAUCAAGGAGCAUCGAUGGCACAGGCAACGAUAUCCUGAUUCAUUUAUAGGAUCAGAGUUCGUCAGCUGGCUUGUGCGGGAGUUCAGCGAUGUGUCUAGCCGGGAUCAGGGUGCGGAAUGGGGAAUUAAAUUGCAAAAGCAAGGCCUAUUCGAGCAUUGUAGAGGGCGGCAUGGGUUUUUAGACGGGCAUUACUUCUACCAGCUCAAGGGAGAGUACGCUGUUGUAUCGACCCCCAGAGGAUGGUUCCGACCCCGACUGACCACGCAAAUGUCGGACGACAAUCAUGUACGCUCAGGUCAUUAUCCCUCUAGCAUCCCAAGGCCUUUCAUCAAGAAGACCAUAAAAAGGCUCAUAUUGAGUCAAAGGAUAGUCAUCGACAUCGACCCCAAUAAGAAAAGCGAUCAAGCAGAAUCUCUGGUCCUCCACCACGAUAUCAUGCAUAACGCCUCGACUGUCUUCCACUUUGAACUGCAUUGGAUUGGUACGACUGCACGUUGCAUUGAAGAUCUUCUGCGUCAAUGGAGUCGUACGAUCGAGCGUCAUGGACUGCGACUCGUUGAAGCCUACGUCACCCAAAUAAGCGAAGUUGCGCUGACGAACCCGUUUCAGUCUUGCUACCCCAUUCGCCUCGCUGUCCUACCACCCAUCGUCCCACAACUCGAGAAACGUGUGCCCGAAGGUACCCAAGUCACCCGUUAUUUUGAAUAUGCGCUCCUCCGAAAGUUUGGCUUCGUGCUUGAUAUUGAGGCUGCAGAAUUGUACCCGCCGAACGUCGACGCCGUGUACUCGUACCGUCGGGCACCCUUCACGUACUCCCAGUUCGUUCAUCGCUCUGGCGUUGCAUUUGUGCAGGUUGUCGGGGGUUCGCAGGGCUUCUUGUUCCUGACAAAUAGGCUCAUGCGUCCGGGACGUAUGGGAGCAAGUCCAUCCGGGAAGAUCAAGGACGCGAAGCCCGCAGCCGCUGCAGAGGACUUGCGGAUACGGUUACACAGAUUUUGUACAGAUAAGGCGGAACUAAUCAAGUUCUACGAUGAGGAGCUAGCACUGUUGCCACUCAUGCCAGAGGAACCGCCCGCAUUGUCGAUUUAA